CAAAUUGCUACCGAAAAAAUGAAAGUCUAUAUAGGAACACUAUUUUUUACGGUUGAAAUUCAAAAAAGGUUUCAAAGUCUCUACUCGAAUAAGACUUUCAAGCAUCAGUCAAGUUUGAAGGAAAAAAAAUUAAAAUUUUAAUUUUAAACACAGUAAAUCACACAAUGGGACGAUCGAGAUCACGUAGUAAAUCACCUAGACGUAAGCACAAAAGUAAAAAACAUAAAUCAAGACGAGAUAAUAGGGAAUAUUCAAGUAAUUCCAGACGUAGAUCUCGCUCAUAUUCCUCAAGCAAUAGUGACGAUUCAAUCGAUCAUCGUCGGAACAAUAAAAGAUCUAGAAAAUUAGAUGAAGUCGAGAGACUAGCUGAUAUUGAGAGAUUAAGAAAACAGAGGGAAAUUGAGGAAAAGAUUGUGGAAGAGGAAUCACAGAAAAGGAUAGAAUUAUUAAUUAAGAAACGUGUCGAUACUAUAUUAGAAAUGAGGAAACAAGAAAUUGAAAGUGAGAUUAAGCAAAGGGUGGAAAUAGCAAAGCAAGAAAUGGAACGUGAGUUAAUGAAAGAGCUCGAAAAGCGGCGAGAAGAGAGAUUAAAUGAGGAGAAACGUCGCGAGGAAGAAGAAAAGAAAAAAAGAGAAGAACUUGAGCUAAUACUUGCAGAGAAUAAUAGAAAAAUUGAAGAGGCACAAAAGAAAUUGGCUGAAGAAAGGUUACUUAUAAUAGAAGAACAAAGACGCAUGGAUGAGGAAAAGCUGAAAAUGAAAAAGGAACAAGAAAAGCGACUAAAAGCUGAACAAAAAAUGAUUCUAGGGAAAGGUAAUUCAAGACCGAAAUUGUCUUUUUCAAUAAAACCCGGACUUACAUAAUUCGUGGCUUUCCAUUAAUUUAUUUAAGGAUUGAAAAAAUUUUACUCCUCAAUAAUUAAAAAAAUUUAUCUUUAAUCAUUUAAGUCAGAAAAAAGCCACAUUUCAUUUUUCAAAUGUGCUAAAAGCUUAAAUACAUUAAAUUGUUUUUUUUUUUGAAACUCCUGAAGCAUU